UCACUUGACACACGUUGAUUUCUUUCACUCGGUGAUCUAACCUGUGAUAUGUUUAAUUUUAUUGAGGAGAAAAAUGUACGAUUCUAAAUUACCGCAAGAAAUUCAGCGAGUGCCUGAAUCCAUCGAUUUUCCGGCCGAAGAAGAAAAGAUAUUAAAAUUAUGGGAAUCCCUGAACGUAUUUCAGACUUGUUUAAAACAAUCUAAAGGAAAACCCAGGUAUUCCUUCUACGAUGGCCCACCUUUUGCCACAGGUUUACCACAUUACGGUCACAUAUUAACAGGCACAAUCAAGGAUAUCGUGACAAGGUAUGCACAUCAGCAAGGAUAUCACGUGGAGCGUCGCUUCGGUUGGGACUGUCACGGUCUUCCGGUUGAGUUUGAAAUUGAUAAAACACUCGGCAUUAAAGGACCCGAAGAUGUGGCCAAAAUGGGAAUUGCAAACUAUAAUGCGGAAUGUCGCAAGAUUGUGACACGUUACGUCACCGAAUGGGAAACGAUUGUAAAUCGUAUGGGGCGAUGGAUAGACUUUAAAAACGAUUAUAAGACACUCUAUCCGUGGUAUAUGGAAUCAAUUUGGUGGGUGUUUCAGCAAUUGCACUUAAAAGGAUUGGUAUAUCAAGGUAAUAAAAUUAUGCCAUACUCCACUGCGUGUAAUACACCCCUCUCUAAUUUCGAAUCGGGUCAAAACUAUAAGGAUGUGGUCGAUCCGGCUGUCACAGUUACACUACCGAUAGUAAAUGACAAGGAUAAUGCUUCACUUUUGAUCUGGACUACGACACCCUGGACUUUACCUAGCAAUCUUGCAGCUUGCGUCAACGCUCAAAUGGAGUAUGUUCGCAUUAAAGAGAUCAGUUCAGGCCGUUACUUUAUUGUAAUGGAGGCAAGAGCAGCGUUUGUGUUCAAAGAGGGCGAUUAUGAAAUUGUGGAGCGGUUUCCUGGUAAAGCACUGGAGGGUCUCAUUUAUGUGCCAAUAUUUCCCUACUUUGAUUACAUGCGUAAGCAAGGUGCUUUUCGUGUGCUAGUCGACGAUUACGUCACUUCCGAAUCUGGUACAGGAGUUGUGCACCAAGCGGCGUACUUCGGCGAGGACGAUUAUCGCAUUUGCUUAGCCGCCGGUAUUAUUUCAAAAGAUCAAGAUCCAGUGUGUCCUAUUGAUCCCAGUGGUAGACUGACUAAGCCUGUUACUGAUUUUGAAGGGCAAUAUUUCAAAGAUGCGGACAAGAAUAUUAUCGCGCAUUUGAAGGUGGCGAAUCGGCUGUAUCAUCAGACCCAAGUUAAGCACAGCUAUCCCUUCUGUUGGCGAUCUGAAACGCCUUUAAUUUAUCGUGCAGUUCCGUCUUGGUUUAUCCGUGUGGAGCACAUGUCUGAUACUCUACAAAAGGCCAGCUCGGAAACUUACUGGGUGCCGGAUUUUGUCAAGGAGAAGCGGUUUGGUAAUUGGCUUCGAGAGGCCCGCGAUUGGGCAGUUAGCCGUAAUCGCUAUUGGGGAACACCUAUACCAAUUUGGAUCUCUCCGUCCGGAGAUGAAAUUCGAUGUGUUGGAAGUAUUCAAGAGCUGGAAAGCUUGACCGGGAAAAAGAUUACAGAUUUGCAUCGCGAAAACAUAGACCAUUUGGAGAUUCCUUCCAGGACUCCCGGACAACCCCCUCUUCGUCGUAUUCCGGAGGUUUUCGAUUGUUGGUUCGAAUCUGGAUCUAUGCCGUUUGCUCAGCAGCAUUACCCAUUUAAGAACGUUAAGGAAUUCGAUGAGUACUUCCCUGCAGAUUUCAUAGGGGAGGGAAUUGAUCAAACGCGAGGUUGGUUCUACACCCUCUUGGUAAUUUCAACCGCGUUAUUUGGUAAGGCGCCAUUUAAAAACCUAAUCGCGAACGGUUUAGUUCUGGCAAGUGAUGGACAAAAAAUGUCAAAACGUAAAAAAAAUUAUCCCGACCCAUUGGAGAUUGUCUCAAAAUAUGGCGCUGACGCUUUGCGUUUGUAUCUCAUCAAUUCACCCGUCGUGCGCGCUGAAAACUUGCGCUUUAAAGAGGAGGGCGUUCGCGAUGUUAUCAAAGAUGUAUUUUUGCCUUGGUACAACGCUUUCCGUUUUCUUAUGCAGAACAUUGAGGUCUACAUUCAAGAAAAUAACGCCCCCUUUCAUUACGAUGAAUCAAGACUUUCCCAGGUCAACAAUAUCAUGGAUAAGUGGAUAUUAUCAUUUACACAGUCACUAUUGGACUAUGUUCGUAAAGAAAUGGCCUUAUACCACCUAUACAAUGUUAUUCCUCGAUUAACAAAAUUCAUUCAACAUUUAACAAAUUGGUACGUCCGCAUGAACAGAAAACGCUUAAAGGGCAAGGACGGCAAAGAAGACUGUAUGUUAGCGCUAACCACUCUAUUUAACGUCCUAUUUAAUAUUAUAAAACUAAUGGCGCCGUUCGCUCCAUUCCUAGCCGAGCAUAUGUAUCAGUAUCUUAAAACUUUAACCGAUACCAAGUCAGAUAGUGUACACUAUCUCAUGCUACCCGAAGUCGUCGAGUCUCUAAUCGAUACAAAAAUUGAAAGGGCGGUAUUGCGCAUGCAAUCUGUAAUCGAAUUAGGACGUAUUUUACGUGAUCGCAAAACUAUUCCAAUUAAAUACCCCGUACCAGAAAUCGUAGUCGUCCAUCAAGACCAGGAAUACGUGGAUGAUAUUAAAUUAUUAGAAUUGUACGUUCUUAGUGAAUUAAACGUACGAGCACUGACAUUAACGACUGAUAAGAGUAGAUUCGGUAUUACGUUACGCGCCGAGCCCGACUUUAAGAUUUUGGGUUUGAGGCUUAAGCAAGAUUUGAAAGCGGUAACCACCGCAAUUAAAUCACUUACUGAUGCCGAGAUCAAUGAUACAGUUAAACGAGGUUAUGUAGAUAUUUUAGGGAAGCGUAUCGAGUUAUCCGAGAUUAAACUCAUUUUUAAGGCUGAUGACGUCACUUCGCAUAAAUACGAAGUUUUGAGCGAUAACGAUGUUUUGGUUCUGUUGGAUCUGACACCAGACAGCUCAAUGCAACAGGAGGGGGUUGCCCGCGAAAUUAUAAAUCGCAUCCAGAAGUUGCGUAAGAAGGCUCAUUUGGUACCGACUGAUGAAAUAAGCGUAAUCUACAAGGCGGCUGGAGAUCUUGCACAAGUUGCGUCUGAUUACAAAGAAUUUAUUGAAACUGCGAUUCAAGCUACAUUUAGCCUCGACGGGCAUGGAGCACAGAAUAACGCUGUGAUUAUUGAGGAAAAGCAGCAGCUGAAAGGAAACGAUUUGCACCUGAUUUUAAAAGGUACGAAGAAGGUUUCUAGUAAUAACGUAGAAGGUCCCUUUGUAAAUUGGUUGAACAUCGAAUUGUAUAGGGUAGACUCCGUUUAUGGAAAUGAUUACAGAAAAGGAAUGGUAUUAAUUCCCAAAGGUACCAUUUCAAUAACGGACUUAAAGAACGAAAUUUCCACAUUAUUUGGUUUGUACUCAAAUUUUGACUUGUGGAGCACUAACGGCUUAAUUCUUAAUGACGCGUCUUUAAAUAAAUUAAAAAAUACUACUAUUUACGUUACGCAUGUUGGAUGUAAGUUGCAUGAAAAGAUCACAGAGUCAAAACCAUUUUGUAAAUUUGUUAAUUUCAAAGAAAACGGCGUGCAAGGGACCCUCCUAUUGGAAAAUCCAAGUGGCAUUGUUACUUUACAAGAGCAACAGUAUAAAGAUGUGACUGCCAUCUGGCAGAAAAACACUCAUUAGUCAUUACACAGAAAUGUUUCAAUAAAGCUGUUACGAUAUU